UUCCCCAGGUCACCAUGGUGCUGGCCCUGCCGGCUGCCGUAGAGCCUCUUAGCCCAUCACCCCUGGGGGAGGUCUGGAUUUCAAGACAUUUGAAAAUGCCACCUUCCCCUCAGACACGUCUUUGGGAUUUUUUUUUAAACUGUUUGCAAACUGGAGGGGAACAAAUGGGGAAGGGGUUAUUGCCAAAUAUGUUAAGUAUGGGUUGGGGUGCUUACAUGUAUCUCCCUCAGUUUCCCCCAGAAAUGUAUCCUUUUUUUCUCACACCAAAAUUCAGGGGGUGGGGAGAGGAGAGAGGUUGCAAAAAGCCAGGUAUGGGGGAAGUGGAACCUACACUAUCCCGUCCUUGCCCUGGACCCUACCAUGUGAUCCCCUCAAGCAUCCUCAGGAUUUUACAGAACUGACAGUGGGGAACCUUUCCGGCAAAGAACCGGGCAGGACUUGGGGACAGGCUGGGGGUGUGAUGGGUUGGGGGGCGGGAAGCACGGGCUGGGGCAGUUCUCUCCUCACUUGUAAACUUGUAGUUUCACAGAAAAAAAAAAAAAAAAACACGCAGUUUUAAAUAAAGAAACUUCUUUUUUCCCUGGGUUUAGUUGAGAAUUUUUUUUUCCAAAAACAUGAAAAACCCCAGAAAAAGAAAAAAAAAAUUUUCUCACCCAAACAACUUUGUUCCUAAUCGCCUCAUCUUGCCCUCAUUAGCAGAACCCCAAGUCCAUCCUGGGAACAACCAGCCUGCCCCCUGGUGGGGCUCUAGUUGGCCACAAGGCAUAUUGAUGGAAUAUAGUGGUGGGGGUUUCUAAGAGAAGGAGACCCUAGUAGGUGCCCGCCCUGCCCCCCAGGGAAGUGACUGUGCCCAGAGGCUGGCAGUGCCUGGGGGUGGGGUGACCAUUCUUUCUCUCAGUACCUGAAGGACUCUUGUCUAAGAGGCAUGAAUUCCUAGCAUUCCCUGUGAGAGCACUACAUGGGGAAAUGGGGGCAGGGGAGAAGGAGCAAGCCCCACCUAGGGGGUGGCCUUGACAGUGAAAGCCACAGUCACAGUCCGGAGCCUGGGGAGGCAACAGGAUGGCAGCAGGGGCAGCAGCUGGAGCCUGGGUGCUGGUGCUGAGUCUAUGGGGGGUAGUGGUAGGCGGUCAGAACAUCACAGCCCGUAUUGGGGAGCCGCUGGUGCUGAAAUGUAAGGGGGCCCUUAAAAAGCCGCCCCAGCAGCUGGAAUGGAAACUGAACACAGGCCGGACAGAAGCCUGGAAAGUCCUGUCUCCCCAGGGAGGCUCAUGGGACAGCGUGGCUCGCAUCCUCCCCAACGGUUCCCUCCUCCUGCCGUCUGUGGGGAUCCAGGACGAGGGCACUUUCCGGUGCCGGACAACGAACAGGAACGGAAAGGAGACUAAGUCCAACUACCGAGUCCGCGUCUACCAGAUUCCUGGGAAGCCAGAAAUCAUGGAUCCUGCCUCUGAACUCAGAGCUGGCGUCCCCAGUAAGGUAGGGACAUGUGUGUCCGAGGGAGGCUAUCCUGCAGGGACUCUCAGCUGGCACAUGGAUGGGAAACCCCUGAUACCUGACGGGAAAGAAGUGUCUGUGAAGGAGGAAACCAGGAGGCACCCCGACACAGGGCUCUUCACACUGCAGUCAGAAUUGCUGGUGACUCCAGCCGGGGGGGCAGGGCCGCACCCCACCUUCUCCUGUAGCUUCAGCCCUAGUCUGCCCCGCCGCCGGGCCAUGCACACAGCUCCCAUCCAGCCCAGUGUCUGGGAGCCUGGGCCCCUGGAGGUCCACUUGCUGGUGGAGCCAGAAGGUGGGACAGUAACUCCUGGGGGGACUGUGACGCUGACCUGCAAAGCCCCUGCCCACUCCCCUCCUCAGAUCCACUGGAUGAAGGAUGGCAUGCGCCUGGCCCUGCCGCCCAGCCCUGUGCUGCUGCUCCCUGAGGUGGGGCCUCAGGAUGAGGGCAUCUACAGCUGCGUGGUCACCCAGCCUAACCAAGGGCCCAGGGAAAGCCCCCCAGUCAGCAUCAGCCUCGGUGAGACCCAGCUCCUCCUUCAGCCGUGUCCCAGGGAGCCUGUGGCUGGGAAGGACAGCACAGGAGGGUCAGGGCUGGGAACACUGGCUCUGGCCCUGGGGAUCCUGGGAGGCCUGAGCAUAGCCGCCCUGCUGGUUGGCGUCAUCCUGUGGCGAAGGCGCCAACGCCAAGGAGAGGAGAGGAAAGUCCCAGAAAACCAGGAGGACGAGGAGGAGCGCACGGAGCUGAACCAGUCGGAGGAACCCGAGGCAAUGGAAGGCGGUGUGGGAGGGUCCUGAGGGGCAGGGCCGGCCCCCCAGUCCCUCAGCCCCCUGCCCUAUGCCCUGCACCGGUGCUGACAUUAGACCAGUUCUUCCCAGUACAAUUCCCUCCCACUCCCUCACCACAGCCCUCCUCCCCACGUAAACAGUGACAAGUAAAGAA